AUGUUAUUGUUAUUGAAAAACAAAGAGCUUAUUCUAAUAUUCAUGGUAUCGUACAUCGUAAAGACGUACUGCAUAUCAAGAGGCAAUGCACCAAUAUGGGAUGAGUCACACUUUGGGAAGUUCGCAUACAAGUACCUAGCAGGCCUAUUCUACUUUGACGUGCAUCCACCACUUGGGAAAAUGAUUACGGCAUUUGCUGGCUGGCUCAGUAACCAGCACGAGGCAAACUACGAUUACGAAAAAUACAGUGAAUACCCCGUAAACUACGAUUACGCGUUGAACAGAUCACUUCACGCGGCAGUUGGCUCGGUUGUGCCUGUGUUUGGCUAUUUGAUUUUAAGACUAUUUGGUUUAUGCAAAUCAAAGAGUCUUAUGGGAAGCAUGUUGUUCAUUUUUGAUACAGGAAUGACCAUGAUAUGCAAGAUAAUCGUCCUAGACUCGCACAUGCUUGCAUUCACAGCACUUACAUCCUAUCUCAUGUGUAGAUACCAUUUUAGCACAACAUUAGAACAGAGAAACAGACUUCUGCCUGUGAUAGGGCUGUCUCUGGGAUGUACGAUCUCCAUCAAGUGGAUUGGAUGCCUUACAACCGUCUUUCUUGGCGCAUAUAUCGCAUCACAGCUGCUUGUCAUUUUUUACACAAAGAGUCUCAGACUCUUUUUCAAACAGCUUGCUCUCUGCUCCCUGUUUCUGAUUGCACUGCCAUUUGCCAUCUACUUUGGUCUCUUUCUGAUUCACUUCCGCAUCUGCAGUGAAACCACCGCUGAUUCUGCUUCAUUUUCCAAGGAAUUCAAUUUCAGGCUCAAAAAGAAUCCCUACGAAUCAAGUUACAAAUAUGUCACAUUUGGUAGACAAAUCACAAUCAAAUUCCCAGGUGGCUACCUACACAGUCAUCCACACACGUAUCCUGAUCACCUGAAUGAGACCAAUAUGCCAAAAGAAGAAUACGCAAAACACCUUCAAGUAACGGUUUACAAGCCCAGGGAUGAAAAUAACGUCUUCUUUAUGCAACAAAUUGGAGAGGCACCAGUUGUCUCUUUCGUGAAAUUUGGUGAUGAAAUAGCACUGUUGCACAAUGAGACAAAGGCGUACGUCUCCAUUGAAGGCGCCGCUGCUUUCACCACCAAAGAUCUUCGUGUUACGGCCUAUAAGGGCAAAGUGACUGAAAACUGCAUCUUCGUUGUUGAGAAAGAAGAGGGAACUGGAACUGGAAAUAUCGAGGCAAUGUCACCAUUCAGACUACGUCACAAGGCAACAGGGAAGUAUUUGCGAGAUUCACUCGAAGAGCUCCCAAGUUGGGGAUAUUCUCAAAAUGAGGUGGUGGCCUCAGAAUCCAACCAGAAUUCCAACGUGCUGGUUGAAGAGAAUCACCACAGUGAACCAGAUGGAAAUGAGUUGUUGCAGUUCAAAAAGAGAAGUUUCAUCUGGGACUUCCUGGAAAUGCAGAAGCAGAUGUUUGUGGUGAAUCAGGGGCUUACGACCAGUAGGGAACUUGAGCCACAUCUGAUUGAAUCCAUGCCACAUCAGUGGUUUGUGCUUACCAAAGGCGUGAGACUGGUGGGAUGGGACAACACAUACCGCUACUACCUGCUUAUGAAUCCAGCACUGCUCUAUUCCACAUCAGUCUCAAUCAUCUACACUUUAUUCAAGCACAUCAUCAGCUUCCUGAAAUUCAAACGUGCCCAAUUUGAAGGACGGGCCAAGAUGACAAUGCACCAUUAUGCAAACAAGGAGCUCUUUUCGCUCUACUUCCUCAUCGGUGGAUUUCUAUUUCACUAUGCACCCUGCUUCCUGGUAGAUCGAGUCAUGUAUCUGCACCACUACUUCCCAGCCUACUUCUUCCUGAUUCUGAAUCUGAUCAUCAACAUCAGAAAGUGGCGCCAUUUCAACCAUUUUGUGCUGCUGAUUAUUGGCUUCUAUAUUGCAUACUCGCCAUUGUGCUACGGAAUAAGCCACACUAAUGGACUCGCCAAACUGAAGCUGCUUCCUGGGUGGAAUUUCAUAGACUGA